GUUUUCGCGAUUAAUUGUUCGGUUAGUUUAAAUCUAAUUAAUCCACUCACUCCCAGAUUUGAAAAAUGAAACAAAUACUUCACAAAUAUGUAAACGUUGGAUCUGUAAACGCCGUUGACAGUGUGACCAUAGGAAAUUUUGGAAUGGGCUUUUUCCGCGGCCCGACGAGACUCGCGCUGCUACAUGAUUACCAUGACCUUACGGCUGCAUGUGAAAAACAAUGAUAACCAGUUCUUAAUAAUCAAAACACGCGAGACCGGCCUCAUUGCGAUCUGAAAAUUUGUCGGGUAGCGGUUGAUUCCGGACGUCGGGAAAGAUGGACCAAAUCAGAGCCGGGUGGUUCAGCGAGAUAUCGGACCUUUGGCCGGGGCAGUGCUUCUCCCUGAAGGUGCAGGAGGUGUUGUUUCACGAGCGGUCCAAAUACCAAGACGUGCUCAUAGUGCAAACCACCAAUCACGGCAGGGCUCUGAUCCUGGACGGGAUCAUCCAGUGCACAGAAUUCGACGAGUUCUCUUACCAAGAAAUGAUUGCGUUCCUGCCGCUCUGCGCGCACCCCCAGCCAAAGAGGGUGCUGAUUGUCGGCGGAGGAGAUGGCGGAGUCGCCAGGGAAGUGCAGAAGCAUCCGCUCGUCCAAGAAUUCGUACAGGUCGAGAUCGACGAAGUAGUGAUCGAAGCUAGCAAAAAAUACUUACCGUUCAUGGCGGAGGGCUUCAGCUCCUCCAAGCUGAUUCUAAAGGUUUGUGACGGCUUCGAAUACAUGAAAAACCACAAGAACCAAUUCGAUGUCAUCAUCACUGAUUCUUCGGAUCCCGUGGGACCUGCCGUCAACCUCUUCACCGAAUCCUACUUCAAAUUGCUGAAGGAGGCAUUAAAACCAAAUGGUAUAAUUUGCUCCCAAUCGGGAACCGUGUGGUCGGACCUGGACCAGGUCAAAGACACGUUGUCCAAUUGCAAGAGGCAUUUCCCUAAUGUGAAGUACGCGAUGUCGAGCGUGCCGACUUACCCUAACGGCCAAAUAGGGUACCUGGUAGCUUCGUUGGAGGCGAGCAGGGACCUGACAAGUCCCUCCAUCAGAUUCGGCACAAAAGAGGUGGAAGAAUAUGGUCUGAGGUAUUACAAUGCGGACAUUCACAAGGCUUCUUUCGUCUUGCCCAAUUUCGUAGACAAGCUGCUGUUCUCGUAAUCUAAUAUGUGUAAUAUUUAUUUUUAAAUAAAAUUCUAAGGAG